AAUUAAGUUAUAUUAAGAAAAUAUUGCAGUUUUAUUUAUCUGCUAGGCUGCUACAUAAUGCUUCAAAUUUUAUGCAAAGUUAACUGCUCGUUAGCAGAUUGAGUUAAAGCUUGCGUUUUUCAUCUGUGGAUUUUCGGCACUGACUUCUUCUUGCUUGUUUUGGUCAGGUGAAUUUAGAUUUUAUCCACCGACAGUGUAAAAUACUUUCAGUUGACAGGCUUCAACAGGCUAGGCACCCUCUUUUCCAGGUUACUAUGCUACACCAAGAUUGGUUAAAAAGAGCACUUUGAUAAGAUUUUUCAGCAGUUAAUUGUUAAAUAACCUGAUUAUGUAAAUAUUUGCUGGACCAACCAGACAGUGUGUGUUUUACUUGGGCAAAACUAACUCUCAAAUUUUUUGUCUCCAGGAAGUUGGAUAUGUAAAUGGACUCAAAAUUUCCAUGUCUGUUUGAAAUAUUGUGUCAUAAAUUACGGCUUGGUUUUGAUGGCAGAGUUUGCAAUGGAAGGAGAAAAGGUUGCACUUCUCUUUGGAGCAUUUCUUUGCUCGAGUUACGCUUAUGAGGUCUCAGUAUCCUGUAUGAUAGCUUAUGAUGAGGGUGGUGCUUCAGCAGUUUUUGACUCACCUGAAUGUCCUCAGUGGGAAUUUUCUGCUGCUAUUGGAACAGAUAACUGCCUGGUAGCUACGCAUCAGGGGCGUAGGAAAUACCAAGAAGACCGUAUUAUAUGUUAUCCUCGUGUUAUUGUUCCCGUUUUAGGUGAAGAUGGGCCUAACGAAGCUAGCCUGGGUAUAGCGGCAGUUUUUGAUGGACAUGGAGGCAAGGAAGCUAGUGAGAAGGCUUCUCAAAAGUUUUUAGAUUACUUUUUAUUGCAUGUGGUUUUCAACACAUACAAGAAACUCUUCUCACACAGUAAGGAGCAUGAAGAAGCAGGUCAAUAUAGCUUGAAAUUCAAAGUUGAUGAGGAAUCGACACAUGGCAUCCUAGAGAAAGCCUUCUUGAGAACAAUCCAAGAUAUAGAUUCAGAAUUUUCCCAGGAAGCUUUGAACAAUGACUACAUUUCUGGAUCAACUGCAACAGUUGUUCUUUGGAUGAGUGGGCAGAUAUUAGUUGGUAACCUGGGUGACUCAAAAGCACUCUUAUGCUCGAGGAGAACUCACUUUGAUCAGGACAGUGAAGAUAAUUUGGUGACAAGACUUCAAGCUGAAGAACUAACAAGGGAUCACCAUCCUGAUAGAGAUGAUGAAAAGGUUAGAAUUGAAGCAGCUGGCGGGGUUGUACUUGUUAUUGGUGUACCUCGUGUCAAUGGUAUAUUGGCUGUCUCACGGUCUAUUGGAGAUAUUCGUCUGAAAAGGUAUGGAGUUAUUGCUGAACCAGAGGUCAUGAGUUGGAGACAUUUGACAACUGACGACUGCUAUGUGGUGAUAGGAUCUGAUGGUAUAUUUGAGAGAAUGAGUCCCCAGGAUGUCUGUGAUAUUUUACAUGGAGGAAAUGCUAAAGAGAACGCGACGUCCAUUGACUCAUCUUUCUGUCCAUCUUCAUCCUCUUUAGCCGACUGCAUUGUCCAAAAUGCAUUUAGUAAAGGUAGCAGUGAUAACUUGUCUGUUAUUGUGAUUCCAAUGACAAUGGAACACAAAGAACAGACAUGAACUCUGUUCUACAUUCAAGUAUUCCUUGCAAGUUGAAAAGAAGGUUGAUAAA